ACUUCGAUGUAUCGAUAUUACAUCGAUGUAUCUUCCGGCACUACUUUCACCGAAGUUUUCGUUUUUGUAAAUGAUUUUAGCUCGGUUUAUAAAAUUUUACCCGAAAUCUCAUAAAUAGUGCUAGAGACAAGAAAAUGAUUUCCAACGAUGAAUUCCAAUCGCAAAACCAUGUGGAUUCGGUUGACUUUGAGCUUUAUCGCGAACAUAUGGGAGAAUUCAAUACUUCCGCUUUACAUAGGAAAUUGGUGAGUAAAGUGGAAGCACUACGUAUUUUACGCAAGGAGCUGGAACAAUUUCGAACCGAGCGUGAUCAAUUCAAAUUAAUGGCGGAGACCUUGCAACUACGUUAUUCAGCUAUAACACGUAACAAUGAAUACAGCAGUUGGGUUGGAAUGGAGGGCAAUAAAACUAGUGUAGCAUCAAUACUGCACGAAACGCGAGAGAGAAAUAUAAAGCUCACCACGGAAGUAGAAUCUCUGAAGCAAAAGUUAAACGAGCUGCAGGGUGAUAUCGAACUCCUAAGGUCUGCUACAAAGGAAGCAAAAUCGGAAAGAUUGCAAAAUGAAUUGAUUGCUGAAUCAAGCAAUUCGGAAGCUGUGCAAUGGAAGGGGGAGCGUUCGAAUUUUAUUUGUCAUUUGGAGAACCUGAAAAAGAAGAAUGUACAGCUUGCCUUUGAUCUAAAAACUUUAAUAGACGAAAAAGAGGAUAUUAUAUCAGAACGUGAUGCUUACAAAUGCAAGGCGCAUAGGCUGAAUCAUGAACUGCUAAAUGCACUAAAAGCCAACGAAUCACAUCCUAAGCUAAUCGAUAUUGAUGGCGUAUUGUUAGAAAAUAAGUACCUACACGAACGGUCAAAAAAUGUUGAGUGCGAAUUGGAUAUAACAAAGCAAUCUCUUAACAAAUACAAGACUAUGUUGGAAACGAAGCGUAAAAAGGGUAUUAUUAAACUAGGUUCCCAUGCAAAUGAUGAAAGUAUUUUGUCCCAUAAACAAGUCAAAACAAUGCUUGAUAGUGGCGUGGACUUACCUACAAAAACAGAGACUAUUCAAGACUUGAAAUCACUCUGUUUGGCGCUGCUAGAUAAUUUAAACGACAAGCAUAUCGCUCUUAAUCAUCAAAAGAAAACUAACAAAAUUCUUGCAGCUAAAAUUGCCGAGCUGGACCAACGCAUACAAUGCCUAGCCGGCAUUGGCGACAUGAGUGGAACUGCAUCCUCUUGCAAUAGCGAGUAUUCACCCUCUCAAUUCUUACUUCAGGGUUACAGUGCUUCAUCUGUUGAUUCCAGUAACGUCAUCGAAACGGAGGCGACAACAACCACCACAACCAACACGAAAUGUUCGGUUGUCCUUAAAAUUAACGAUUCAGAAACUUUGACAACGGAACGAGAAGACUCAAAUAAAACUUCGCGAGUCGGUAUUUCAGACGACUCUGUGGAUUCAUUAUCAACAGAAUCUGGGCGCAGCAUAAUGUCUUCAGAAUACGGUGGCUUUGCAGGGGCUAUAGGCACAUUCAGCCUCAGCGAAUUCACAAAUGCUGCCAUGCAUGCAUACGAAACGUCACCGUCGACUACCACGGACUCGGGUGGCAAUUCCAGCAGAAGAGUGAACGUCAGUACGAGCAACCCGCGCAUAACCAGCGCAAUCGCGAGGGAGCGACAUAAUGAUUUGAAAGACUUGCCCCCAGAGCUAGCUGCUAUGGUGCAACAAGCCCUCCAUGAGUUGGAUAUGCGUGAUUUUGACGAAGUUGUAAACGCGAGCGAAGGAUGUGACGAUAGAGGCUUAGGCGGGCAUGAGAAAACGUUGAUGGGCACCCUCGCUACGUACGAAGAAAAUGAAGAAACAGAAAAAAAUCCAUGCCAAGUUUAAACCAACAAGGGUUCCAGCUUUUUGUUAUUUCAAAUUUUUUUAUGCAGUUAUACUAAAUAGCAUAGCUUUGUUGAGUAUAAGUAAACGUUGUUGUUAUGGUUCCGAGAUAUAGAAAAUACGGCUAUAGACACCCACGAGUACAAAUUCAAAUACGUACAUAUGUACACUCAUUAGCACUACAUAUGACCAAACAAGCACUAUUUUAAUGUUUUGUUACUUCGUUCUUUUAGUUUAAAACGAAUAAAAUCCAUUCAUUUGCGCAAUAAACAAUGAAACAUAGACUUUCCUUAUAUUGAAUUUAUUUAAGAUUAAUAUUUUAACUAUUUUCUAUCUAUGCAUUAGCAUUACAAUCACAGUAUAUCGAUUAAAGAAAUUAUAAUUUCCAGAAAACAAAAUAACGCGACAUCCAAACGAAGAAACUUCUAUGCAUACAGGAACAUCGAAGUCAGCCUGUAAAUAAAAUUAAAUUGCAAGUUCUUUAUUUAGGUCACUAAAGUUUAAUUGAAAUUUGGAACGAUAAGCUUUUGAUAUUUGAAUUAUAGGAUUAACUAUGCGUGGACGAUCAGUUGUCAAGUGCGAAUGGAUGAAUAUAAGUGCUUUUAAAGUUGGUGAAAAAUUAAUACACUUUAGUUUGAUUACUUUUCAACAUGCAGUUUUUAUUUAACACAUUACAAUAGUGUAUUUUCAUAUCACAUAAAAUUACAUGAGCAAAUCAUUUAUAUCAGAAUAACGCUGAAUGAUCUUAAUAUACAAAUGUACAUAUAUAAUAAAAUCGUGUUGGCCAUUUUUAAUAUGUGUGUUCGUUGAAAUUCACUAAUUUGGAAUCAAUUUU